GGAUCCUUCCUGGUUAUCCCUCCAAGAAUUCCCAGGAUUCCCCCUGGGAUUAAACCCCCAUUAUCCCCCCUGGAAUUCCCAAGAUUCCCCCUGGAAUUCCCCCUGGAAUUCACCCCCUGCAUUCCCUGGGAUGCUUCCCCCGGGAUCCCCCUGGAAUUCCCGAGAUUCCCCCCGGGAUUGACCCCGGGAUCCUCCCCCUGGAAUUCCUGGGAUUCCCCCUGGAAUUCCUGAGAUCCUCCCCCUGGAAUUCCUGGAAUUCCCCCCGGGAUCAACCUCCCAUUCCCGCCAGCAUUCCCGGGAUUCAUCCCCCGUUAUCCCUCCAGAAUUCCCAAGAUUCCCACCGGGAUUGACCUCCCAGUAUUCCCUUCAUCUUCCCAGGAUUCCCACUGGGAUUAAACCCCCCCCAUUCCUCCUGGAAUUCCCAAAAUUCCCACUGGGACAAACCCUGGAGCCCCCCUGGAAUUCCCUCUGGAAUUAACCCCCCUUCUCCUCCUGGAAUUCCCAAAAUUCCCUCCACCAACCCCCCCAUUCCCUGGGAAUUCCCAAGACUCCUCCCAAGGAUUAACCCCCUGGAAUUCCCGAUAUUCCUUCCAGGAAAAAUCCCAGGAUUAACCCCCCCAUUCCCUGGGAAUUCCCUCUGGAAUUAACCCCCCUCUUCUCCUGGAAUUCCCAAAAUUCCCACUGGGAUUAACCCCGGGAUUAACCCCCUCAUUCUCCAGGAAUUCCCUCUGGAAUUCCCAAAAUUCCCACUGGGAAAAACCCCAGGAUUAACCCCCCCAUUCCUCGGGAAUUCCCUCUGGAAUUAACCCCCCUCUUCUCCUGGAAUUCCCAAAAUUCCCUCCAUCAACCCCCCCAUUCCCCGGGAAUUCCCAACACUCCUCCCAAGGAUUAACCCCCCCUGGAAUUCCCAGUAUUCCUUCCGGGAAAAACCCCAGGAUUAACCCCCUUCUUCUCCUGGAAUUCCCAAAAUUCCCACUGGGAUAAACCCCAGGAUUAACCCCCCCAUUCCCUGGGAAUUCCCAACACUCCUCCCAAGGAUUCACCCCCCCUGGAAUUCCCAGCAUUCCCAUGGAAUCCCAGUGCGACUAUUCCAUGUAUUUCCCGGCCGUGCCCUUCCCGCCCCGGGAAUUCCUGGCGGGAGAAUCCGGAGGGUACCGGGCCCUUCCCCGCCGGAAUCACCUUUAUCUGGGAGAGACCGUCCGCUUCCUGCUGGUGCUCCGCUGCCGCCCCGGGAAUCCCGGGAAUUCCGGGAAUCCCGGGAACUCCGGGAACUCCGGGAAUUCCGGGAAUAACCCCCCUCGGACCCCCUGGGCCGAACUGGCCACUUCUUUGUCCGCCUUGGCCACGGUGGCUCCCGGAGGAGCCUCCGGGGAUUCCUCGGGAAUUCCUCGGGAUGGGGACGGAGGAGUCGGGAACGACGACGAGGGGGAGAACCCGGAGAAUCCCGGGGUUUUCCGGGAAUGCCGAGCGCUCCUGACCCACAGCAAGGGACCCCCCGGCUGUCCCGGGGCCGGGGUGGGUGACGGAGGGAACGGCGGGAAUUCCGGGAAUGUCGGGAGUGGCGGGAUAGGGGUGGAGGUGGGAAUGGGGAGUCGGUGGUUUUUUGGGAAUUCCGAGUGUUCCCGGUGGAAAAUCUGGGAUUCUUGGAGUGUCCUGGGACUGGGAGGGGUGGUAGACAGGAUACUGGGAAUAUUGGGAAUUUUGGGAAUGUUGGGAUAGGGAUGG